GCCGUGCGAGAGCACUUCCGGCGGCGGCGGCGGCGGCUCCUGCAGCCGAGGCAAAAUGGGUCAGAGUCAGAGUGGUGGUCAUGGCCCUGGAGGUGGCAAGAAGGAUGACAAGGACAAGAAGAAGAAAUAUGAACCUCCCGUGCCAACCAGAGUGGGGAAAAAGAAGAAGAAAACCAAGGGACCAGAUGCUGCCAGCAAACUGCCCCUGGUGACACCUCACACUCAGUGCCGGUUAAAAUUAUUGAAGUUAGAAAGAAUUAAAGACUAUCUUCUCAUGGAGGAAGAAUUCAUUAGAAAUCAGGAACAAAUGAAGCCUUUAGAAGAAAAGCAAGAGGAGGAAAGAUCAAAGGUAGAUGACCUGAGGGGCACUCCGAUGUCAGUGGGGACCUUGGAAGAGAUCAUUGAUGACAAUCACGCCAUCGUGUCUACAUCUGUGGGCUCAGAACACUACGUCAGCAUUCUUUCCUUUGUGGACAAGGACCUGCUGGAACCAGGCUGCUCCGUCCUGCUCAACCACAAGGUGCAUGCUGUGAUAGGGGUGCUGAUGGAUGACACAGACCCCUUGGUCACGGUGAUGAAGGUGGAAAAGGCCCCGCAGGAGACCUAUGCCGACAUUGGGGGGUUGGACAACCAAAUCCAGGAAAUUAAGGAAUCUGUGGAACUCCCUCUCACUCAUCCUGAGUAUUACGAAGAGAUGGGUAUAAAGCCCCCUAAGGGGGUCAUUCUCUAUGGGCCACCUGGCACAGGUAAGACCUUACUGGCUAAAGCAGUAGCAAACCAAACCUCAGCCACUUUCUUGAGAGUGGUUGGCUCUGAACUUAUUCAGAAGUACCUAGGCGAUGGGCCCAAGCUCGUUCGGGAAUUGUUUCGAGUUGCUGAAGAACAUGCACCAUCGAUUGUGUUUAUUGAUGAAAUUGAUGCCAUUGGGACAAAAAGAUAUGACUCAAACUCCGGUGGUGAGAGAGAAAUUCAGCGAACAAUGUUGGAACUGUUGAACCAGUUGGAUGGAUUUGAUUCAAGGGGAGACGUGAAAGUCAUCAUGGCCACAAACCGAAUAGAAACUCUGGAUCCAGCACUAAUCAGACCAGGCCGCAUUGACAGGAAGAUCGAGUUCCCCCUGCCCGAUGAAAAGACCAAGAAGCGCAUCUUUCAGAUCCACACAAGCAGAAUGACGCUGGCUGAUGACGUGACACUGGACGACUUGAUCAUGGCUAAGGACGACCUCUCUGGUGCCGACAUCAAGGCAAUCUGUACAGAAGCUGGUCUCAUGGCCUUGAGAGAACGCAGAAUGAAAGUCACAAAUGAAGACUUCAAAAAAUCGAAAGAAAAUGUUCUGUAUAAAAAACAAGAAGGCACCCCUGAGGGGCUUUAUCUCUAGGGAACC